AGUUAAUUUCCUACACGUGCCGAAUUUCCCGUGCAUUGCAAAUUUGCGAACAGCAAAGUACAAAAUAAAAACAAAAACUGUUUCUUUAAAUAAUAUUUCAACGUAUCUUGCGGUUAUUGUAAAAUGGCUGCUGCAUCUGCCUCCACGUCAAAACGCCGAAUUCCGGAGGAGGACGAGGAUUUGACCCAGGUCAACCUCGUAACUGGUUGUAAUGUUCAAACGUUUGAGUCAAUGGGGCUCAAGGAGGACUUGCUGAGGGGAAUUUCCGCUCAAGGGUUCAAGAAACCUUCAGCGAUCCAACAACUCGCAAUAAAACCGAUUAUCCAAGGUCGAGACGUGCUUGUUCAAAGGGAGCCUGGAACUGGCAAAACUACGGCCUUAUCUAUUGGAAUUUUGCAAUCUGUGGACUCUACAAAGAGGGAAACUCAGUUCUUGAUCUUAUCUCCAACAUCAGAAAGGGCUAUUCAAAUUCAAAAGGUUAUUCUGGCAUUGGGCGAUUACUUGAACAUACAGUGUCAUAGGAGCAUUGGGGGAACCAAUCUUGGAGAAGAUAUGCGAAAAGUAGAUUAUGGACAACACGUGGUAUCUGGAACCCCAGGCAGAGUUUUUGAUAUGAUUAGACGAGAAUGCCUGCGAACAAAGGCUAUUAAAAUGCUUGUGUUUGACGAAGCCGAAGAACUGCUGAAUAAAGGGUUCAAAAACCUGAUUUAUGACAUCUACAGAAGCCUUCAUCGUUCAACGCAGAUCAUCCUUUUCUCUACUACGAUGCCGCAUGAAAUCUUGGAAAUGGCCAGAAGAUGGAUGUCUGAUCCCGUCCGAAUCCUUGACAAACGGGACAAUUUGGCUUCGGCAUUACGCGGAGUGAAGCAUUUCUUUGUGGCUGUGGAUCACGAAGAAUGGAAAUUGGACACCUUGUGCGACGUGUACGGUACCCUCCCGAUUUCGCAAGCCGUUAUCUUCUGUAACACCAAGGCUAAGGUUAAUUGGUUGGCGGAGAAAAUGCGUGAACGGAAUUUCACCGUUUCUUUAAUUCACGAGGAAAUGCCACAAAAGGAGCGGGAUGCUGUUAUGAAGAAUUUUAGAAAUCAAGCAACCCGAGUACUAAUUACGAGUGAGGCUUGGGCGAGUGGGAAUGACGUUAAGCAAGUUUCACUGGGUAUAAACUACGAUCUUCCAAACAGUCCGGAAUUAUAUGCUCACCGGAUUUGUCGGUCUGGUCGUUUGGAUGGGAAAGGUGUCUCGAUCAGUUUUGUAAAGGAGGCUGAAAUUCAGAUCUUGCGAGAUAUUGAGCAGCACUAUUCCACCAAGAGUGAUGAGAUGCCAGCGAACAUUGCAGAUUUGGUCUAAAAUCGUCAUCAAUGACAUCAUGGUCGAGAAUCACAUCAUUCUUUAGGACAGAAAAUCGACGUAAUAAAUUUUUUCUUACUGAAAAUAUUGCUUAGUAAUAAUAAUGUAUCAAUUUACCAUUUUUUAGUAAAAGUUAUUGCCCUAAUUAAGUACUAUUGUAGUUGGUAAAAUAAAUGCAAACUAAUUAUC